UUGGCCCGCAGCUCGGGCACGGCAGCCAAUGAGCACACUCUCGGAGAGCGGCGAGGGCAAUAUGGCUUCCCGCACCUGGUGACGGUUGAGGAAAUUGAAGUCUGGUAUCAUGGAGAAACCGCGGGGCACUGAGGAGAUGCCGUCUUCAGAGCCAAUGGAGGAGGAGGAGGAGGAUGACCUGGAACUCUUCGGGGGCUACGACAGCUUCCGGAGUUACAACAGCAGUGCAGGCAGCGAGAGCAGCUCCUACUUGGAGGAGUCGAGUGAGGCAGAGAAUGAGGAUCGGGAAGCCGGGGAGCUGCCCACCUCACCCCUCCAUCUGUUCAGCUCUCCAAACAACCGCUCCAUGGACGGAAGUGGUUCUGAGCCAGCUGUCUGUGAGAUGUGUGGUAUUGUGGGCACAAGAGAAGCUUUCUUCUCAAAGACCAAGAGGUUCUGCAGCGUCUCAUGUUCUAGGAGCUACUCCUCCAACUCCAAGAAAGCCAGUAUCUUGGCUAGACUGCAGGGAAAGCCGCCCACCAAGAAAGCCAAAGUCCUGCACAAGGCAGCCUGGUCUGCCAAGAUUGGAGCCUUCCUCCACGCCCAGGGGACAGGGCAGCUAGCAGAUGGAACACCCACAGGACAAGACGCUCUGGUCUUAGGGUUCGACUGGGGGAAGUUCCUGAAGGAUCACAGUUACAAGGCUGCUCCUGUCAGCUGCUUUAAACACGUACCCCUCUAUGACCAAUGGGAAGACGUCAUGAAGGGGAUGAAGGUGGAAGUCCUCAACAGUGAUGCUGUGCUCCCCAGCAGGGUGUACUGGAUUGCCACUGUCAUCCAGGCAGCUGGGUACCGGGUGCUGCUCCGAUAUGAAGGCUUUGAAAAUGAUGCCAGUCAUGACUUCUGGUGCAACCUGGGGACUGUGGAUGUCCACCCCAUUGGGUGGUGUGCCAUCAACAGCAAGAUCCUGGUCCCUCCCCGGACCAUCCAUGCCAAGUUUACUGACUGGAAGAGCUACCUCAUGAAGCGGUUGGUGGGUUCCAGGACACUUCCUGCAGAUUUCCAUAUCAAGAUGGUGGAAAGCAUGAAGUACCCUUUUCGGCAGGGCAUGCGCUUAGAGGUUGUAGACAAGACCCAGGUGUCACGUACCCGCAUGGCUGUGGUGGACACAGUAAUUGGGGGUCGCCUACGGCUCCUCUAUGAGGAUGGUGACAGUGAUGACGACUUCUGGUGCCAUAUGUGGAGUCCCCUGAUCCACCCAGUGGGUUGGUCACGGCGUGUUGGUCACGGCAUCAAGAUGUCAGAUAGACGAUGUGACAUGUCUCAUCACCCUACCUUCCGGAAAAUCUACUGUGAUGCUGUUCCUUACCUCUUCAAGAAGGUCCGAGCUGUCUACACGGAAGGUGGCUGGUUCGAGGAAGGAAUGAAACUAGAGGCCAUUGACCCUCUGAAUCUGGGCAAUAUCUGUGUGGCAACUAUCUGCAAGGUGCUCUUGGAUGGCUACCUGAUGAUCUGUGUGGAUGGGGGACCCUCCACAGAUGGCUCAGAUUGGUUCUGCUACCAUGCCUCCUCCCAUGCCAUCUUCCCAGCCACCUUCUGCCAAAAGAAUGACAUUGAGCUCACACUCCCAAAAGGGUAUGAGACACAGCCGUUUGACUGGGAGACCUACUUAGAGAAGACCAAGUCAAAAGCAGCUCCGGCAAGACUCUUUAACAUGGACUGCCCCAACCACGGCUUCAAGGUGGGCAUGAAGCUGGAGGCUGUGGACUUGAUGGAGCCCCGGCUCAUCUGCGUGGCCACCGUGAAGCGAGUGGUGCACCGGCUCCUCAGUAUCCACUUCGACGGCUGGGACAGCGAGUAUGAUCAGUGGGUGGACUGCGAAUCCCCGGACAUCUAUCCCGUCGGCUGGUGUGAACUUACCGGCUAUCAGCUCCAGCCACCGGUGUCCGCAGAACCAAGCACGCCUCAGAAAGGCAAGGACACCACGAAGAAGAAGAAGAAGCAGUUUGGGAAGAAAAGGAAAAGAAUCCCAUCAGCCAAGACUCGGCCCCUCAGACAGGGCUCCAAGAAACCCUUACUGGAGGACAACCUUGAGGCUUUAGGGGUCUCGGAACCAGUUCCUGAUGACAUUAUCGCUGUGUGUGUGAAGGAGGAGCACCAGGACAUCCCCUCACCUGACAGGUCACCCAGUCCACAGCUGCCUCUCCCCAUUGAGAGCAUCAAGCAGGAGAGGAACAACUGAGACUUCCCUGGCAUCAACGUGGUCAUGGAGCAGAGAGGAGGCCCGGCUCGACUGCUCUGCAGCGAAUGGACAGCCUGGUGUCCAGGGCCGCCUCUGCCCUCUGGCUGGCACACUCAUUGCACCCUCAGCACACUGGAAAACUAGACUGAUCCCCAUGUGUCUGCCCAGGCUGAUGCUGAGUGAGGACAGAGCCACCUCUGCCCAAAAUAAAUUAAGGUCUUGUACCUCCUGGGAGCACCCUGCACCACCAGGGAAUUGACCAAGGUAGUGGGCUCGAGUGAUUUGGGUUUGGGCCUUGACCUCAGGGAUGGCAAGAACACUGACUUCCUUUCUUAGAGGGAACAGGGGGAAGGUGUGCAGGAACCUGGGCCCCUAAGGGAGACUUAGCCAGGCUACUUGCUGUCAGGUACACAAUCAGACAGUAGUUUGUCCCGUGCAGUCCGGGGGGAGGGGGGCGGUUCCUGCCUGCCUGGGGCUGAGCCACCGCUCAACUCAUCGUCUUUAGUGUUUGGCUUCUAUUUUCCCACUUAGACACAUUUUUUUUGUUUUAUUUUUGAGUCUAUGUAGUACUUGCUGUUCUGGAUCUUGAUAUGUAGCCCAUGCAGAAUUUAAACUGAUAAGGAUCCCCCUGCCUCUGCCUUGCUGGGAUUAAAACUAUGUGUCCAGUCCCUGACUAGGCAUGUUGGAACUGGUGGCCUAGCCCUCCAGGAUCAUCCCGAACAGCAGUGGGGCUCCUGCAGUGGCCUGUGGUGCAGUGCUGCAUAGCUGUGCUGCAUGGCUGUCUCUGGGCUACCCUAGUCAAGUCUCCAUCGUGUGUUGACAGGCUUUGCUCAGUGCCAGGCUUGCUUCAUCCUUAAGAAGGUGUAAAUGAUCAGUCACCACAGACUUGGUGGAACUGGGAGAAGCUGGUCUUGACCUGUCUGCUAAAGGUAGCCCACCCUGUGCAGGAUGUAGGCCAUAAAGAAGCCUGCUUUCCUCAAAGGGGGGAAGAUGAAAGUCCAGAGUAAAAGGCGGGUUCAGUUCCCAGUGCCCCUCCCAGUGCCUGUACUGUGAGCUCCAGGGGAGCCUGUGCCUCCCAGUGCCCUCCCCCCAGCUGCCUGUACUGUGAGCUCCAGGGGAGCCUGUGCCUCUGGUUUCUGUGGAUACAAAUGUGCACAUCCUUAAACAUAAUUAAAAAUAAAGUCUUUGAAGAACACAA